AUGGAGUGCCUCGCGGAGCACCCGGAAUUCUUCGCCAUCGAGUUAAGGCCAAACGAUUUAAACGACGUUUUAAAGAAGAUACAAAAUGAACUGCUUCAGGGGGAAGCAAGUCAAAUCAUUUUGAUAACCUCGGGGGGAACCAAAGUUCCACUGGAAAGGGUGCCCAUCAGACACGUGGAAAAUUUCUCCACCGGAAAAAGGGGAGCACAUAUGUGUGAGUACUUUCUAAAGAAAAACAAAAGAGUAAUUUUUCUUCAUCGAAAGGGUACCUUCAUGCCAUUCGAGUGCCACUUAAAAUGUGCUACUCGCAUGGACAGUGUUCGUGUUGUCGACGGACAUGUGACGCUGAGCUUAUCAGAACAGGAUAACAAAGCUGUGAUAAACGAUGCAAAAUCGUAUGAACAAUUCAGACAAAAUCUUCUUUGUAUUUCUUUUGAAUCUAUUUUUGACUAUGGAUUUUACUUGACUGCCAUUUGUGAUUUGCUCAAUCAGGACUGGAGGGGCAGGCAGGAGGUCGGGCUUACAACUAUGGAUGUCAACACGAAUGGGGUUUCCCUCGUGCCACACCUCGUCAUUUUAUGCGCAGCAGUGAGCGAUUUCUACAUCCCCUUUGCAGAAUUAAGUAACCACAAAAUAGACAGUGAGACGAAUGCAACUCUCUCCUUUCGAAUGCAGCUAGUCCCCAAACUGUACAAACUUACGAGGAAGUACUUUCCCCUACUUAACUUGUGCACGUUCAAACUGGAAGACAAUGAGCAGACACUACUCAGCAAAUCGAACGAGAGAAUCUGUUUCGCAGAUAUAUUAGUUGCCAACUUAUUGGAUCAACGUUAUACCUCUGCUUUUAUCUUCACAGGGAAAGACCAUUUCUUCAAACUUACCACCUCGAAUGAGUCGGAACGGAUUGAGGACGCCAUAUGUCGCUACCUCUGUAAGUACUUUGGCAUUCCGGUGACAGACCAGUAG